AUGACCUCCUUGUUCAAACGCCUCCCUCGCAACCGCCUUGCCGCCACUCGGCGGAGCAGCCGCCGCGUCCACACACAACCGCGCCCGCACCCUUCCCUCGCCAUCUUCUCCCGCCUCUUCAUCGAGGGGCCGUUACCCGCCGCGCUCGCGCUGCUCCCUGACCUCGCCGCGGCGGGGCUCCGCGCGGACCCCGUCUCCCUCACCCGCCUCGUCAAGCUCUGCGUGCGCCACGGCACGGCAAGCGACGGCCGGCUCAUCCAUCGCCACGUCGAGACCCAUGGACCGCUGUCUCACUACAGCGCCGGCGGCGGCCUCUUUGUCUCCAACUCGCUCGUCUCGAUGUACGCCAAGUUCGGCCUGCUCGACGAAGCGCUCAGGCUGUUCGACGGAAUGCCGGAGAGGAACGUCGUCACCUGGACGACCGUCGUCGCGGCGCUGGCAAACUUAAACGGGAGGAAGGAGGAGGCGCUCAGGUUCCUGGUGGCCAUGCGGAGGGACGGGGUGGCGCCCAACGCGUACACGUUCUCAAGUGUCCUUGGCGCAUGUGCCACGCCGUGGGUGCUCGCGGCCGUGCACGCGAGCACUGUCAAGGUAGGGCUGGACUCAGAUGUGUUCGUGCGGAGCUCAUUGAUCGACGCGUACAUGAAGCUUGGGGAUCUGGACGGUGGGCGGCGUGUGUUUGACGAGAUGGUGACUGGAGAUUUGGUCGUUUGGAAUUCAAUCAUUGUGGGUUUCGCACAGAGUGGAGAUGGGGUUGGGGCGAUAGAGCUGUUCACGAGGAUGAAGGAUGCUGGGUUCUCGGCUAACCAGGGUACCUUGACAAGCGUCCUGCGAGCGUGCACCGGGAUGGUCAUGCUUGAAGUGGGGAGGCAGGUGCAUGCUCAUGUGCUCAAGUAUGAUAGGAACUUGAUCCUUCACAAUGCGCUUCUAGACAUGUACUGCAAGUGUGGGAGCUUGGAGGAUGUAGAUGCCUUGUUCCACAGGAUGCCACAGAGGGAUGUAAUCUCAUGGAGCACCAUGAUAUCUGGUUUGGCGCAGAAUGGGAAAAGCGCUGAGGCGUUGAGGGUUUUUGACUUCAUGAAAUCUGAAGGAGUGGCACCGAACCGCAUAACGAUGGUUGGAGUACUCUUUGCCUGCAGCCAUGCUGGUCUAGUGGAAGAUGGCUGGCACUACUUUAGGUCCAUGAAGAAGCUCUUUGGCAUUCAACCUGAGAGAGAACACCACAACUGCAUGGUCAAUCUCCUUGGUCGAGCUGGGAAGCUCGAUGAGGCUGUCGAAUUCAUCCGUGAUAUGAACCUUGAGCCAGAUUCAGUCAUUUGGAGAACUCUCCUAGGUGCUUGCAGGAUGCAUAAAAAUGCCAAUCUUGCAGCAUACGCAGCCAGAGAAAUACUUAAACUGGAGCCUGAUGACCAAGUUCAGGAGCUGAACCGGUUGAUCGGAAGGAUCAGUGCUCUUGGUUAUGUUCCACAGACAGAAUUUGUGCUGCAGGACCUCGCAAUAGAGCAGAAGGAAGAUCUGCUGAAAUAUCACAGUGAGAAGAUGGCGAUCGCAUUUGGAACGAUGCAUGCGGUAGACGGGAAGCCCAUCAGAAUCAUGAAGAACCUGAGGAUCUGUGGUCUGUGGUGA